AAAUUAAUUUUUCCUACUUCUUCAAAAAUUGUCAAAAAUUCUAGCCGUUGGACUUGGAGCGACUCAGAUUCAGAACCUCCAUAACCAUAUCCGUCGCUUUCUUCACACAAUAAUUUCAUUUUUCCAUAUUUCUUUUGGGUAUUUCUCAAAAUCGAUUCUUCCUGUUCGGAUAUUAUUUUUCUCUUGGAAUUUACCGACAUCUAAUUGAUUUUUGGUACGAAAAAUAUCUCUGUUUUUCAUUUCUAUAAAAUCUCUAAUUCUGUUUCUCUCUCUCUCUCUCAAUCUCAAUCUCAAUCUCACUCUUCUCUUUCUAAAAUCUAAAUAGGAAAUACCCUGUUUUCUGAUUUUGAAUUCUUCCCUUUCACUUUUCAUUAUUAGUUUUUGUUUCGAUCUCAAGACUCUCUCAUUCGUCUUAGAUCGUUUAUAUAAAGUACCUAUUUUUCUGAUAAAGUUUCCUAUUUUGGUUCAUAAUUAAUUGUUUUUCAGAUUCUUAGACUUGUCGUAAUCGGCUUUAUAUUCACAGAACAAAAGGAGUGGUUCAUAUACUCUUUCACAUAAAUAUAUAUUGAUUUUUGUUACACGACAACGCGUUAUUAAUUUUCGUGGGAAAAUAAUAGAGGUUGAGGAAAGCAGGAUCGCAGGAUUUUCGCCGAUCCUUGCAAACCCACCUGGUAAAAACCGUUUCUUUUUCCCUCCAAUAGCGAAAGUAAGAGUUUUUAGUUAUUGGGUAUUUUUUAUUUUCUCGGGAAAAUGAUGGAAAGGAUGAAUUUUUCUAAGUGGGUAUUGGUUAUAAGGCUCUGGGGUUUCUUCUUCUUCUUCUUCAUUGGUUUAUUUGGUUUUGAUGUUGUUGAGGGACUUGGUGUAAACUGGGGGACUCAAGCUACACAUAAAUUGCCCCCAAAAACUGUGGUUCAGAUGUUGAAAGACAAUGGUAUUCAAAAAGUGAAGCUUUUUGAUUCAGAAGAUUCAACCAUGACAGCUCUGACUGGAAGUGGUCUUGAGGUUAUGGUGGCUAUUCCCAAUGAUCAACUUCAAGCUAUGAAUAGCUAUAAACGAGCUCAAGAAUGGGUUAAGAGAAACGUAACUCGUUACAACUUUAGUGGUGGAGUUAACAUCAAAUAUGUAGCAGUAGGGAACGAACCUUUCCUAUCGUCGUACAAUGGUUCAUUCUUAAACACCACUUUCCCGGCUCUUCAAAAUAUUCAAAAGGCCCUUAAUGCAGCUGGUAUUGGAGACUCUAUAAAAGCUACCGUGCCCUUAAAUGCAGAUGUUUACAACUCACCCGAAAACAACCCUGUUCCAUCUGCUGGAAGGUUUCGAACUGAUAUCAAUCAAUUGAUGACACAGAUAGUCCAGUUCCUUGAUGCAAACAAGGCACCUUUCACUGUAAACAUUUAUCCAUUUCUGAGUCUCUAUGGGAAUGACAACUUCCCAUUCGAUUUCGCCUUCUUUGAUGGUGCACCCAAUCCCGUUGUGGAUGCAGCUACAGGAAUCCAAUACACUAAUGUGUUUGAUGCGAACUUUGACACCCUCGUGUCAGCUUUGAGAGCAGCCGGUUAUGGAAACAUGCCCAUUUUGGUUGGAGAAGUGGGCUGGCCAACCGAUGGGGACAAGAAUGCUAACAUUGGUAACGCUUAUAGAUUCUACAACGGUCUUCUACAAAGACUUGCAAGUAACAAGGGAACCCCAUUGCGCCCUGGAAACAUUGAAGUGUACUUGUUUGGACUCAUUGAUGAGGAUGCCAAGAGCAUUGCACCAGGAAGUUUCGAGCGCCAUUGGGGGAUUUUUAGGUACGAUGGACAACCUAAAUUUGGUAUUGAUCUUUCGGGUCAAGGUCAAAACAAGUUACCUGUGCCUGCACAGAGUGUAAUGUAUCUUCCUAACAAAUGGUGUAUGUUUAAUCCAAAUGCCAAAGAUGUGAGCAAACUUGCUGAUAACAUAAACUAUGCCUGCACUUUCUCUGAUUGCACAGCGCUCGGUUAUGGAUCAUCUUGCAACAACUUGGACGCGAAUGGCAAUGCCUCGUACGCUUUCAACAUGUACUACCAAGCACAGGAUCAAGAUGACAGGGCUUGUAACUUUGAAGGUCUCGCGGUAGAGACCACACAGAAUAUUUCACAAGGAACUUGCAAUUUCAUUAUCCAGAUUCAAUCUUCUUCAGCAUUUUCGAUUAGACGACAUCAACAACAACAACAACCAUCUUUGAUUAUUGCUUCAAUAUUUUUGACCAUUUUUACAUUUGUUGCUAAAGAUCUUCUUAGCUCUUUGUAGAGAGAGAGAGAAUGUGUAUGUAUCAUGUCACUGUCUUUGUGCUAUUAUUAGAUAUAGUUUUAGCUUCCAUGGAUUAUGAUGAUGGUGAUGAUGAUAUUUUUUUGGAGAUAUUUUAACUACUUGACAGAUUUAUUCAAUAUAAUAAUAAAUCUCGACAGAAUUUAUUGCCUCUCA